AUGACUGUGACUAGAUUUGUGUUUCCAAGGGACGCCGUCCACGCGUCCUUGGCCAUGCAUUCUACCACCAUGAGUGCCGGAGUCGCUGCAUCCUCCACUCAUUCCGGCUUUGUCUCUUCAUGCGGAUCACCCGACAGCGCCACGGAGCUGCUGCAUACCAUCACGCAACUCCGCGUGACUACUAACGCCUUGAUAGUGUCGAGUUCCAAACUCGCCCCUGACGCCUUGCCAACAUUGCGCGGAAUCAAUGCCGUGUUGGCUGUGGCAGCCUCACAACAACUUGAGGCCAGCUCGCCCGAGAACCACCGCGAGCUACGGCGUUCUCUCACGCAGCUGUCAGAGCAAUUGGGCUACUUGGCGUGGGCACACUCCGGACUUCCGUCCGCCGUCCCGCCAUCGCCGGCCCCGUGCGAACUACCGGUAUUUCGCGGAUUUCAGGACGACGCCGAAAAAUGGGUGGCGACCAUCAACGCUCUCGGAGCUCGCGAGGCAUGGACGGAUCAGCGAAAAUUGUGGAUUGCCAUCGACCACCUUCGCGAUGCCGCCAAGGCAUGGCACGCCUACGAAGGCAUCGGGCUACGAUCCUGGCCUGAAUGGUGUGCCAGACUGACGAGUCUCUUCCGUCCCCUUUCGUAUGCCUUGGACCCUAUCUCCGACCCGCUCACGGAUGGGAGCUGCGACGAACACCACUUGGACGGUACAGUUGGGCUCUGCAGCCCUUGCGCAGAAAGCAUCGCAGAAGGCCACGCGGCAGACACAAGCACCGGCCGAGAGCAGGGGUCACCGCCACACAGCUCCAAUUCGACAGUGCCAUCACUAGAGAGCACAACCACCGUCAAGCAACAACAGUCGGUGACGCGCACUCCAAGGCCAGCAGCGAGUGCAAACACCGAGUUACCAGCUCUUCUGGUGCCUGACACAUACGACUUUCGUGAAGGUCCGGAAGAGCUCAUGGCAUCCAUCCCUGUGUCCAUAGACCCAUCGGAUCCGCUAACAAUACCAGAGCAUCUUCACAUACUAUCGUCUACCCUGAAGAAGCCUGCUCCGGAACCACCUGUCAUGGCACCCGAUGCCCCACCCAUACCGCCUCCAGGGCCGUCGGACGCCCGCCACUUGCAAAGUGGCGAGUCCCUAAAUGAAGCCGAGGCGUCUGCCAAAGUUAUUAUCGAAGACCGGUCACAAGAGCCCAAUUCUACCUGUGGUUCGGAUGGUGACAUAAGCUCACCUGACCGGGGCAGCUAUGCGGGACGAGACAUUAGGGUGGACGUAAAUCCUGCCUGGCAACUGAAGCCUGCCUAUGAGGUCCCGCACGUUCAGGAGUGCGACGGGACGAUCGUCGGAGGCACCAUCGUCCAGCAGCGACUAUUCACCGCUACCCGCUGGUUGCGCCUUCUGCAGAGCACGUUGAAUCGCAGCGUGGCCGAGACCUGCGGCCGCAACGAGGCAGCCAAUGUCGGCCACCUGAGUCAUCGGCACUACAGCAAGACACGUCGCGGCACGAGCAAGAGAGACCACCCAGGUGUCUUGGUGCACAGCUUGGGAGGGUUGCUGGCACGCCUGCGAGAAGUGCUUCCCUUGUCUGCCGUGGUGCGAGUGGCUGAGCGGUGCCUUGCAUGGCUGCCUGCCCGACCGAACCCUCUGUUGGCCCAAGCUCGCCUACAUGCAAUAGAGCAGACCAUCAGUUCACUCCUGUGUGAUCCCACCGACCAUGCUGGGAGCACCGACUGGCUCCUAUCUACUGUAUCUGCAGUGCAGCACGAAAUAACACUCAAUUCAAUCGCAGUGACAGACGAAUGGCGGCUCCGUCUCGUAUGUGCGUGUGGAGCGGCAGUUGGGUCCCAGCUGUCUCAGGGUCGGCCAGAGGAGGCCGCCCUGUGUGCCAAGGUGCUGGGUCAGCUGGUGACCGCUGCUGACGUUGGCGCUGCUCCAGCACUGCUGGCACUGGUUCCGCCACUGCUGGAGUCCCUGCAAGCCUUGGAAGAUGGGGAUCCCCUGUUGGGGCCCCUGUCUGCGAGCCUGUUGGGUGUGGUGCGGGCUCUCGGUGAGUCCCACUACGCUCAGCUGUGGGGCGGUGAAGGUGGCCGCGAGGGCGUGGCCUGUGCUCUGUCGGUGCUUCGGCGGCUGCUGCUGGGCCCCACAUUCCCCGCCGACUGGGCCGUCAUGCGUGCUCUCGCCAACCAUGUGGCCCUUGGGGCCCUGCAGGAGCUGGCACAGCUGCUGGCAUCACGCUUCUUGCGACCACUGGACGUGCCUCUGUGGCUGCAGUACUUGCGGCUUGCCUCGGACUUCCUGGCUCAGCCAUCUCUCCAGCUGGAGCACCUCUCGCCCACACAGAGGGCACGCCUCACUGAGCGCUAUGGUGACAUGCGGCUCCUGGCAGGAUUCCAGGUGCUGGCCUUGUGGGGGCGCCUGUGGGAGGAGGAAGGGGGCAGGUGCGAGCUAGUUUCGUCCCUGGUGGGGCCCCUGGUGCGCAUGACACUGGUGCGGGAAGCCGAACUUCGGAGGGCCAUGUUGCCCCUCUUCUACGACCUGAUGGACAAGGACCUACCCAAGGUGGAGUCUGAACUCAUGGAGCAGCUAGACGAACUGGUGACUGCUGGCAGUGGUGACGAGCAGUACCAGCAGCUAUUUACUUCCAUCCUUCUGGAGGAGGUGCGAAAGCGCAACCCUUGUUGGCAUGAAAAUGGCAUUCGCUUCAUUGAGGCUGUCGGUCACCAGCUUGACCGACUGCUCGACUACAGGAGUGUUAUGGAAGGAGCCGAAAACCGGGACAAACGCAUGAGCUGCACGGUCAAUUUGCUGCGUUUCUACCGGGAGGAAGUGGGUCGCCAGGAGAUGUUUGUGCGUUACGUGCACAAGCUGUGCGAGCUGCACGUUCCGGCCGAGCACUUUGCCGAGGCAGCAAUCGCGCUGCGCCUGCACGCUGACUUGCUGCCCUGGGAGGAAGGGGAACAGGGACGGCUCAAGGAGCAGCUCUACCUCAACAUGCUUCACUACUUCGAUCGUGGAAAGUGCUGGGAGGAGGGCCUGCCACUGUGCAAGGAGCUUGCCAAUGUCUACGAGGGUGUGCUGUUCGAUUAUGAGAAGCUGAGCACCAUCCUGAGGAUGCACGCCCAGUUUCUGGAGCACAUUCUCAGGGAGCUGAGACCCGAGCCUGAGUACUUCCGGGUUGGGUUCUUUGGCCUUGGCUUUCCCUCCUUCUUGCGAAACAAGGUGUUUGUGUACCGAGGUCUGGCCUACGAGAAAGUGGGUGCCUUCGGCCAGCGACUGCAGGGACAGUUUCCUGAGGCCCAGCUGCUGACACACAAUGCUCCGCUGGAUGCUGCUCUGCUUGCUUCCACUGACCAGUACAUACAGGUGUGUGGAGUGCGUCCCCUGGCAGAGCCACGUCCGGAUCUGGAAGGACGUCCCGAGUGCGUGCGGGCCUACUUCCGGGUGAACCGGGUCCACUCGUUCCAGUUUGACCGUCCCGUCUACAGAGAUGGGCCACCGGACAGGGACAAUGAAUUCAAGGGCCUGUGGCUAGAGCGGACGACUCUCGAGACGGCGUCCACUCUGCCCGGUCUGCUGCCUUGGGCCGAGGUGGUGGGCCAGCAAGCGGACUGGGUGCCUCCGCUGGUGAAUGCAUGCGAAGCGGUCGAGGCCAUGAGCAAUGAGCUGCGCCGUCUCGUGGCACUGCACUCUCGCGAGCCCCAUCGACCCCUGGCACCCCUGAGCAUGCGCCUGUCCGGUGCCAUUGAAGCAGCCGUCAACGGAGGCCUGGCCAAGUAUCAUCAGGCAUGUUCUUUUGAAGGGCAAGCACGCCUGCGGUCGCUACUGCUGGAACAGGUGCACGUGCUGGAAGGUGGCCUCUCCCUGCACGGGCGGCUGGCUCCACCAGACUUGGGACCCCUGCAGAAGCGACUGGUCGAGCGGCUGGGGCAGCUUCAGCAGGCUGUGCGUGGUGCAUCUGCACAUGGAACCAAGAGCGCAUAG